UUUCAUCUCUCGGAGACUCCACACAGAGAGAGACAGACAGACGGAGACUGUUCAAUAGAGCUCUCGAAAACCUAACCCUUGGAUCAUGUGAUCUCUUCUCCGGGUUUGGACAAGCGAGACGCGACCAUGGCCCGCCGGUGUUCACAUUGCAGCCACAAUGGCCACAACUCUCGAACCUGCCCGAACCGGGGGGUCAAGCUCUUCGGGGUCCGCUUGACGGACGGGUCGAUCCAGAAGAGUGCCAGUAUGGGCAACCUGACCCACUACGCCGGAUCUCUAAACGGCGGCGCCGGCUACGGCGACCACCAUGACGCCGCCGGCGAUAUGCCGGAUCACGGCGGCGAUGGGUAUGCCUCCGAGGACUUCGUUCCGGGGUCCUCGUCCAGCCGGGAAAGGAAGAAAGGUGUUCCAUGGACUGAAGAGGAACAUCGGAUGUUUCUACUUGGUUUGCAAAAGCUUGGCAAAGGUGAUUGGCGUGGCAUAUCACGCAAUUAUGUAAUGUCAAGAACUCCCACACAGGUUGCCAGCCAUGCCCAAAAAUAUUUCAUUAGGCAAAGUAAUGCAUCUAGGAGAAAAAGACGAUCCAGUCUCUUUGACAUUGCAGUGGAUGAGUCAGGUGAUACUCUGAUGGCAUGUAAUGAUUUGUAUGAUGUGAAGCAUCCACAAGCUGAGAGACAAACUAACAACCCAUUGCCUGCACCUCCCGUUUUGGACAAAGAAAGUGAAUCCAUGGAUUCUGCCAACUCCAUUGACGUGGAAUCUGCCCCUCAAAAGUUGGAUACUUUGCAGUACUGUUAUCCAGUUGUAUUUCCUGCUUAUCAAUUGUUACCAUUUCCUGUUCCAUUCUGGCCUGGCCUGCCCGGGCAAAGUAUGGAACCUGCUGAGUCGGAGACUCAUGAGGUGCUUAAGCCAACAGCAGUACAUUCAAAGAAUCCAAUUAACGUCGACAAACUGGUUGGGAUGUCAAAGCUGAGCUUAGGAGAAUCCCUUGGAGAUGCAAAUCUCUCCUCUCUUUCUCUCAAACUGGUCCAAGGCUCUACUCGGCACUCAGCAUUUAUUGCAAAUCCAGCUAAUAUGAGUUCGCGUGUUAACUCGAGCAGGAGCCCAGUCCAUGCGGUGUAGGGUUUAGUUUUGUUGAUUUCCUGCUGAUAACAAAAUAAUGUGCCGUCUGGCUUUGAGUUUAGGUAAUAGUUGUUCUCUUUUUUUUUGGAUAAUUUUAGUAAGUUUUACUUAUAAAGUGUGGGUUCUUAACUUGUAAGCCAUAGCAGAGGAGGAUGUCCCAAAUCAGUUGUAACAGCCGUAUCAGCUUGGUUUGA